GGACGUUCGCUCGCCGGAACUUCGUCUGUAAACUAAAGUGAACAAGUUAAUUUUCGAAUUGACGUAAGUAAGUAGGAAACUUUCACAUAUAACGAAGUGUGUCGGGCGUACUGGUUCCGAUUGAAAAGUGCUGAUCGAAUCGCAGGCUCGCUGUUAUCGCUGCUGGCAAGGCGAGAACUACGGAAUGCGUAGAGCAGUCCCAAACAGUGUGACCUAGAUUUAGUGUGAAGAUUUGGCCGGGACAGAUGGACUUGUAGCGGGCUACCUCUUAUAUCCGUGGACUUACAUCUUUACCCUUGAGACCUUUCUGUGUUAGAUCGGGCUGUCAAAACUGUGGAAAGUCCGUCGGAUGUGUUGCCGGGAUACAAGACUGUGAUGACAGAGUAGUUAUUCUUUGUGCCUUGAGUGCGACUUAAAAAAGAUCAAAUUCUUGAAGGAAACUCGAUCUGGAUUUUCACCCAGCGCGCCUGUAUGAGUUAUCACAACUGCUGCAAACGGCCGGCUUCAGAACUUUAGUGGCUUUUUCCCGGCAUGGUGAACUAGCCCACAUAUUUUAUGUUUUAAUAGUUGACAUUUUCCUUUGGGAGGGUUUUAUAAGAAAAGAACCGUCAAUAUGAUGGUGGCAGAUCUUGGCCCGAUAGAUGGGUCCUGGGAACUUAAUAUUACUGUGACAGAUUUGCAAGUGGAGAGAACUUUACGGGUGACAGGCGAUCUGCACAUUGGCGGAGUUAUGCUCCAGCUGGUCGAGGCAUUGGACAUUGCCUUGGAUUGGUCAGAUCACGCAUUAUGGUGGCCAGAGAAGAACAUGUGGCUGGGUCAUUCGCGGUCAACCCUUGACCAAUAUGGGGUUCAGGCAGAUGCACGAUUACAGUUCACACCCAUGCACAAAAGUCUGCGUGUCCAGUUACCUGACUUACAGUUGUUAGACCUCAGGGUGGACUGCUCUGUUAAGGUGUUCAGUGCCGUGCGGCAGACAUGCAAGGAGUUAGGUAUCCGAAAUCCAGAGGAAAUGUCCUUUAUGAGGAAGAUGAAUAAAGAAGAAUUAAAAAGGAAUCUAAAGAAAAGGACUCGUGACCGAGAAACACCAACGUCUCAGUCUAACAACCACCAUCACCUGUCUUCUAACAGUAUAGAUGGAGGGUUGAACACAAGCUCCUACUCAAACAGGAGCCCUAUGUCCCCCUCACCUCAGGGAACAUUGUUGCGCACGCCUGGCACCCCGGGCAGCCCCUACACCCCCAACAUGUCCUCGUCUUCUCCGUACUCCACAUAUAAUGGCACCCUCUCCCCGGGCUCUAUGCACAGCCUGUCGUUUGAGGGCUGUCAGGAUAUAACUUUAGCCAACAGUCCACAGCUUCCUGCCAAAGAAGCCUUAGAAAUGUUAUAUAGACCAAAGUCUUUCUCGGAGAAAGCUUAUGUCAACGGGGCAUGGCUAGACUCUUCACGGUCUCUUAUGGAACAAGGUAUCCGAGAGAAUGACAUUAUUCUGCUGAAAUUCAAGUUCUACAGCUUCUAUGACCUUAACCCCAAGUAUGACAUGGUACGCAUCAACCAGAUCUACGAGCAGGCACGUUGGUCCCUCAUGGCUGAGGAGAUAGACUGUACAGAGGAGGAGAUGAUGGUGUUUGCUGCUCUACAGGUUCAGAUUCAGAUGCAGGUGGGUGUGCCCCAGCCUGACCCUGAGAACAUCACCCCAGGUCAGGAGGAUGACGACAUCGAUGCCGCUCUCAAAGACCUACAGGAGUCCCUGGAAGGCAAUAGCAUAAACUCACCAGGGGACAUAACUCACAUACCUGAACUUGGAGAUUACGUCAAAUUUUUCAAACCCAAAAAAUUUACCCUGAAGAAUUACAAGAGGUAUUGGUGUACGUUUAAGGACACUCAUGUGUCUCUGUACAAAAGUCGAGAUGAAGCCUCAGGUCCUCCAGUCACCCGGAUUGACAUUAGAGGUUGUGAAGCUAACCCAGAUGUGAACAUUUCGGCCAGGAAAUAUGGUAUCAAGUUAUUUGUACCAAGCACGGAUGGGGGCAUGACAGAAGUGUGGCUCCGAUUUGAUUCUGAGCAGCAGUAUGCCCGGUGGAUGGCUGCCUGUAAACUGGCAUCUAAAGGCAAGACAAUGGCAGACAGUACGUACGAAUCUGAGGUCCAGUCCCUGAGCACCUUCCUCACUAUGCAGCACCCUGCCCCUGCCCCAUCCAUCACAGCUUCACAGGUUGAUAUUCAGGCGGAAAACUAUGUCGCCCCCAGGUUUUUCAGGAAGUUAAAGUCCAAACAGCUUGUACAGAGGAUCAUGGAGGCCCAUGCUAAUGUGAAGAAUAUGAACCUAAUGGAGUCCAAGAUGGCAUUCAUCAAGGCCUGGCAGGCUCUGCCAGAGUAUGGUAUCACCUACUUCAUCAUCAGGAUGAGCAACAGCAAGAAAGAUGAGUUGAUCGGAGUUGCUUACAACCGUAUAAUGAGGAUGGACUUGCAGUCUGGAGACUCGAUUAAAGCGUGGCGUUACAACGUCAUGAAAUCCUGGCAUGUGAACUGGGAGGUUCGCCAUGUAGUCCUUGACCUGGAGGAUGAACACGUGGCAUUUGCUUGCCAUUCUGCGGACUGCAAGAUCGUGCACGAGUUCAUCGGGGGUUACAUCUUCUUGUCCAUGAGAUCACAAGACAAGAACCAGUCUCUGAACGAGGAACUCUUCCACAAGUUAACGGGCGGCUGGUCGUCGUGAGAAUGCCAGUUACCAUGGUAACCUGUGAUUGCUACCUUGUAGCAGAAUGAACUGUGAAAUCAUACAUAAAGACGACACAUCUGUAACUGAUCGAGCAGGCAGAGCAUGUGAUUUUUUUUCUCUUUGUUCUAUUUAUUCACUCAUCAGUAAGCAGGAUAAAACAUCAAAAAAUUCAUGGCAACCCAAAACAUAGGAAGAUCUCUCAGUAUUCCACCUGUAGUAGCAAUGCCAAAUAAUAUGUGUGUCUGACCCAGCAAUGUGUGAUACACCACUGCCUUUUUAUAACACUGUUUACAGAAUGCUGGUUGCCUCUGUUGGACGGAACAUGUACUUACUGGAUACGUAUUUGAAUAUUUGUUAAGGUAAUAAGGACACUUGCAUGCAAUGGCCUCAUUAGAAGAGUGUAAAUGUCCACUCAUAGUAUUUAACAUGUGGCAAAUCCGGACUAAUCCCAACUAUUACUGACAGGGAAAUAAUGAGUAAAAGGAGGUUACCCUGGUAACGUAUUGUAACAUUCAGAACAUUUAAGCUGUGGACUGUUGUACAACAGUAAAGAUGGAACUGCAGGCAACCAGAGCAAGAGUACUGUGCCCUUUACUGGAGAUAUUCAGCAUUCCUAUGAAAACUAAAACAUGGUUAAAUUUCCUGAAUAUCUAAAGUGGCUGUGUUUCGUCAUUUGAGAUCUUGAUGGAGAAAUACAUUGUUGAAACUGUAUGAUUUUAUCCAAUGUAUGUCAGGUUUUCAGAAAUGUAAACUUGCACAGUCCCCAGGCUCCUGUUGUCGUUAAUCAGGUGAAGGUAUGGCAAACUGAAGAAGACUUGUAUGUAGCGGUAAAACUAAAGAAAAGUAGAUUGUUCUGCAAUGGGCAAGUGUCCGAUCGGCAGUCUGUACAAAAGGAAACUGCCUUUUCUUUGUUUAGAUAGUGAUUAUUUUUGCUAUGAAUUACAAAUACAUCAAUGUGAAUGUUUAUCUUCCGCCUCAACACCCUCAGACAACUCCCCAAAACUUCGGUGUUGACAAACGGUGCUACUGUUAUGAAUAUGAUGUUGUAAAUAUGGUAAAUAGCAGUAUAGUGGCUACAGCAUAACUGUGCAUAUACCAUGUGACUCGGUGAUGUGUAGUGAUAAAACCGAGGAAAUGCGCAAACAUUUAAGGCAGUCUCAGAGCUGUUGAGAAUGAUCGGAUGUGAUCAUGACCUUUGGGAUGAACUUCGCUUAUUCACCAGACCUAUGAAUUAGUCCAAUCCUUCACAACUUGUUGUAAUAUUAUAGUUUUUGCAUUUUUACUUGGUUGUUUAAAAUUUUUUUUUUUUCGAUGUAACACAGGGAAAUGUUCCUCUAUUUAGUGAGAUAUCAUUUCUGCGUGCUGUACACUAACCAAUUUAUAUUGACACCAUCAUGUAUAUCAUUUUUACUGGAAUGUCGAUGGGCUCCCUUGUACAGAUAUUACAUAGAAUUUUAACCUGGCAUGUAUAAGGUUAUUAUAUUUAGUGUACAAAUACAGUCACAUACUCUAAUGCUAGUUUAGCUGUUUAAUCCCCUGCACACAGUCUGUGUGAUCUGAUUUACAUUUGUUAAAUAAUCUUACCAGGAAACGAUUUACUCGUAUCACCCACAUAGCAGAGAAUUUCCAUCAGCUGCUGCGGUAAAUAAAUGACACCUGCAUCAGUAAUGAUGUCAUCAUGAAUGUCUCACUUGGGAGGUGACUGUCAAUGAAAAGAUGAGUAUUGUGUUAAGUGUAACAGCUAGGAACGUCAGAAGACUCGUGAACGUAAGCCUGACCUGUGAUGCCCCUGUGCAUGAGGAGACUAUGUUUUCCUGAUACUUGUCAAGUGUUUAGCCGGAGUGCAAACCUAUGUAGCAGCAGUCACGGAGUAACUCUAACAAGAGCAGUAACACUAGUAUGGUACUUUCCACGUUGUCCAGUUUAUUUGACUUCAGUGCACCCCAACCCUUAACCAUUCAGUUGAUUUAUACACGUUACUAUGAUUUUUUUUUUUUUUUUUGAUUUUAUUGAUUUUAUAAGAGCGUUAAUUCUUGUCACUUCGUUUUAAUUGCAUAUGUUAUGUUUUGAACAACACUGGUGGAAUUUUUUUUUUUUUUUUUUUUAGUUAAGGCGUGCUUUUUACUGUACACAAUAUUAUUGCACAUAGCCAUCUAUGGGUGUGGUGUGUUAAUGGUAGACAUUAAAACAGGGAUGAACAGCAGUAUAGCAUCCUCUUAAGGAGAUCGACGAUGGACUUCUAUAGCUCUUCUCUCAUCCUUCCCAGGGGUAUAAAAGAUACCCUCAUUAUAAAGUAUUAACAGCUUUCUGAUAGACCUGAUAAUACAUAGCAACUUUGAAAUUUUCCUCAUUCUUCCUUAAAUGUUAAAUAAGGUAUAGAUGUACUGCGUCAGUGUCUUGUAAGAAAGGACAGACAUGUUGAACGGAAUAAAAUGGCUGGCCCAUUCUUAUUGGUACAUGUAAUUAAAUCUUUCAUUUUUAUUGCUUUUGUCCUCUGACGUGUAAACUGGUUACGUGAUGGAGACAAUCAUGUCUGAUGAUGAUGAUGAUAAUAUCGUUAGAACUGGUCUUCAUGUCAACUGGCGGAAUAUUUUAGGCCGAUAGUUAGAUAAAGUAUGCUUUACUUUAGAAAAUGAGUAUUUCUCACGAUGAUUCACAUCAUCAUGAUAUUUUUAAUUGUAAUUAUUUAUGCAAGUCAGUCUGCAAAUAUCUUGAUUUUAUUCUGACAUAUUAAGUCCAUUGAGCAUGUAAAGAUUUCUUCGUGUUUGAUGCCUUAAAAAAGCAACUCUCACAACAUGCCUUGAAUAAAAGAAAAUU